AUGAACUGGGUCCUUCUUCUCUCUCUUGCGGCUGCCUACCUUGCACUCGAUAUCCCCGCUGCCUCUCCUUCGAUCGACUCAAAUGUAAAGAAAGAAGUCAUCAUUCAAAUGUUUCAGUGGGAUUGGGACAGCAUCGGCGAGGAAUGUGCCGAGUUCAUAGGUCCCGCUGGGUACGGAUUUGUACAAGUGAACCCACCAUCAGAGCACGUACAAGGAUCCCAGUGGUGGACCGACUAUCAACCAGUCUCAUACAAAAUCGCGUCCAAACAUGGAAAUAGAGACCAGUUCAAGCGAAUGGUGGAGAAGUGCCACACUGCCGGCGUGAAGGUGAUUACUGAUACGCUGUUCAAUCAUAUGUCGGCCAUGCAAGGUCCUGCAACCGGUACAGCUGGUUCGACUUUCAGUAAGUAUGAUUACCCCGGGCUCUACUCCUACAAAGACUUCCACCACAACUGCGGCACUCCGAACAACGACAUACUCAACUUCAACAACCGGAAUCAGCUGCAGAACUGCGAACUGCUUGGCUUAGCAGAUCUGGACACGAAAUCGGACGUUGUCAGAGCUCGCCUGGUGGAAUACGCGAAGGAUCUGAAGUCGCUCGGUGUCGAUGGGUUCAGAAUCGAUGCCGCCAAACACAUCCCCGCAGACGAACUUGAAGCUAUCCUCUCAAAGGUCCCUGGCUUCCGUUCGCCCUCUCUCUACAUCACGCAAGAAGUCUUUGGCGGCACGCAACCAGGCGAAGAGGUGCGCGCCACGGAGUAUCUGGGGAACGGCGACGUCCAUGUAUUCGAGUACGCGAACGAAAUCAAAGCGGCGUUCCUAAGUGGCAAUAUCGCGAGUCUGAAGGACCUCGAUAGCCGAGGCUGGAUCCCCUCCGCAAGCGCCAACGUCUUCGUCGUGAACCACGACAAGGAGCGCCUCGACGAGUCCCUCAAUGCUCACUCCCCAUCGAACACCUAUACGCUGGGCCACGUCUUCUCGCUCGCCUACCCGUACGGACACAUCAGCGUCCUCUCUAGCUACGAGAGUGGGAUUGACAACCACGAUGUCGGCCCUCCAAAUGGCGGAUGGUUGUGCCAGCAUCGUUGGACCGCUAUCGCUGGAAUGACUCGUUUCCGAAACGCCGUUCGGGACACGAAAUUGGAGAAUUGGCAGUCGCCCCAAGGUGAUCGGAUUGCGUUUUCUCGAGGCAACGCGGGGUUUGUCGCGAUCAACAACUCGGACAGUCCCUGGAUCUCGACGCUACUCACGGGGCUACCUAAGGGGUGGUACUGCGAUGUUGUGAGCGGAGGUAGCAGUGGACGUAGCCAUGGACGUAGCGAGGGAGGAAAGGGAGGAGGUUGUACUGGUCGGACGUGA